GCAAGGAUCACUGGGCGCCGAGCAAAGCCCUAAAAGCCCGGGCAUCUUUAGACCCUUUGGAGACACCAAGACCCAGAGAGCGCGAGCAGCUGGCUUGACAACGCACAGCCGGCUGAUCUGGGGAGGGAGCUGCCUCCGGCCCAGGGCAGACGUCACCAUGGCCUUCCUGAUACACCUGCUGGUCUGCACGUUCGGGAUGGGCUCCUGGGUGGCCAUCAACGGGCUUUGGGUGGAGCUGCCCCUGCUGGUGACGGAGCUACCGGAGGGCUGGUAUCUGCCGUCCUACCUCACAGUGAUCAUCCAGCUGGCCAACAUCGGCCCCCUGCUGGUCACCCUGCUCCAUCACUUCCGGCCUGGCUGCCUCUCCGAGGUGGCUGUUGUCUUCACUGUGCUGGGGGUGGGCACCAUUGCCUGCACCCUCUUCGCCUUCCUCUGGAACGUCACUUCCUGGGUGCUGGGCAGCCGCCACAGCAUCGCCUUCCUAGUCCUCACCUUCUUCCUGGCCCUGGUGGACUGCACCUCCUCUGUCACCUUCCUGCCCUUCAUGAGCAGGCUGCCCACCUACUACCUCACCACCUUCUUUGUGGGUGAAGGACUCAGCGGCCUCCUGCCUGCACUGGUGGCUCUUGCCCAGGGCUCGGGUCUCACCACCUGCGUCAACGUCACGGAGAUAUCGGCCACCACCCUGAGCUCUGAGACCACCAGGAACGUGGACAGCCCACAGGGAGCUGGCAGCACUUUGGUGUCUGAGCUCACUGGGACAGCACCCUCCGCGAUCCGCCUGGAAAGCCAUUACCUGCCCGCCAACUUCCCGCCCUUGGUCUUCUUCCUCAUGCUCUCCUGCAUGAUGGCUUGCUGCUUCGCCGCCUUCUUUUUCCUCCAGCGUCAACCCAAGCGCUGGGAAGCCUCCAUAGAAGACCUCCUCACCUCUCAGGUCACCCUCUACUCCAUCCGGCCGCAGGAAGGGAAGGACCUGGGUCCCCCAGAGGACAGCGGCAAGGCCCAGGACCCUCUGGAGGAGAAGACGGCCCCCCAGCACAUGGCCCGCCUGACUUUCAUCUACGUCCUGGUGGCCUUUGUGAACGCGCUCACCAAUGGCGUGCUGCCCGCGGUGCAGACCUACUCCUGCCUGUCCUACGGGCCUGUGGCCUACCACCUGUCAGCCACCCUCAGCUCCAUGGCCAACCCUCUCGCCUGCUUCCUCUCCGUUUUUCUGCCUAACAGGUCUCUGCCAUUCCUGGGAGUCCUCGCAGUGCUCGGGACCAGCUUCGGAGCCUACAACAUGGCCAUGGCUGUGAUGAGCCCCUGCCCCCUCAUGCAGGGCCACUGGGGCGGAGAAGUCCUCAUCGUGGCUUCUUGGGUGCUGUUCAUUGGCUGUCUGAGCUACGUCAAGGUGAUGCUGGGUGUGAUCCUACGCGACCACAGCCGCAGCGCCCUCUUGUGGUGUGGGGCGGCGGUGCAGCUGGGCUCGCUCCUGGGAGCGGUUGUCAUGUUCCCGCUGGUCAACGUGUUGAGGCUCUUCUCAUCCGCUGACUUCUGCAGCCUGCAGUGCUCCGCCUAAACCAGCUGAAGGGACGCGAUCCAUCAUAAGGCCCCGCCCUCAUUACUAACUCCUGAAAACUGGGACACCUCGAGUCAAGGUGUGUGCCCAAGGUCACAGAGCCAGUGGUAGAGAGCAGUGAGGCAGAGCCUGAGUCCUCUCUGGAAAGGUGGGGAAUGGUGUGGGCCUCCCAAGGGACGUGGAAAUGCAAAGCACAGCCCACCCCAACUCUGUCACUGUGCCUGCAGUUCUAGCUUCUCAGAUCUCGUUUCAGCUCUUGAGAGAUGACUGUGAGAAAUGAACUAUUUUCUGCCAUAUCAGUAAACAAAGGAUAUCACAGCCACCAGCGAUUGCAGAUGUCCAACAUGAGCCAGUGAGCCCUGAGGAAACUCAGGAUAUGAAAACACAGGAUACUGACCCCAGAGAGCUGAGGUGAAUAUCAGAGGGAUGAUUUCAGUGAGCCCAGACUCUUGCUAAAUACACAGAAAAGCGCUGAAUUGCUUAACUUGCAAUUUCUGGUUUUCUUUCAUUAACAGUAAUCUAUUGAUGCUUCCACUACCUGCCCUUUGUGACAAAACUCCUAUAUCCUAGCUCCUCCCCUAAGCUUCUCGGAGCAGUUCUCUCAGGGUUACUUGAGAUGCUGCCUCCCAGGCUUGAAGUCCUAAAAAUUCCCGCUGAAUAAAACAUAACUCUUUAACUUUUA